GAUUGGCUUAAAAUGCUUGCAUGACUCCUUGCUUGAUGCCUGAUUGUAUGCACACGUGUUUCACUUGAAGCCUGAUCUUAUUCAACAUCUUCACUCAAGUUAUGUGUAGUAAAUGACAAUGUCAAACAAAGAAUCAGCUGCUAGAUUAUGUAAGACAGGACUUUUAACUGAGAGGUCAUGGGUUUGCAAGCAUAAACCAGUUUCAAGGUGCUGGAAACUUAUUUGAUUUUACUUUCAAAAUAAAAGCCAAAUGUUUUGGUAUCGUAAAGCAUUUCCCAUCAUCCAAGUAUGAUGAUGUAAUUCUGUCAAUUGCGCUUCAGUGUGGGCGCCGAGGGGCCGCAAAGUCAUAUACAACUGUUAAUGACAUUGAUGAAUGAAUUGUACCUUUACAUUUUAUUCCAACAAAAUAUCUAAAAAUAAUUUAUAAAGAGAAAGAUAGUUAUUUAAGUCAUAAAUUUAAAAAAUAUAUAUCUACAGCAACAUAAAAGGCAAAAUACAUGCCAUGUGUUUUAAUAUGUGUAAUCAACUUUAACCGGAAUCUUUAUUUGAAGCAGUUAUAAAACUAGUGCUCAUAAACCUUUUAUUACAGUAGCAUAGUAGGCCUUAAUAUUCAAUAGAUAAAAAGAGGGUUUAUUUAGCAAGUACAUUUAAUAUUUUGUGACACUGUACACCGAUUGAACAGUAACACUGUGUUUGGACAUAUGAAAAUGAAUCACUGCACUUGAAUAAUGAAUCAAAGCAAUUUAAUUUAACUAUGUGAUUCACCAGAUGGAGCCUGUGUACCACAAGUGGUAAGCGAACUACACUUUGAGAAUCACUGAAUCUUGUGGAAGAGCAUUAGAUUGUCAUGCAUGGGAUAGCUAAAAAACCAAGUCAUUUUUUGUAGUUAAUAAAUCACCAUUUUCAGGCCAUUUGAAUCAAAGUGGAUCAUUGUGGUAAGGAAACCGUAAAACUAACAUGAUUUUCUCUUCCUUACAGCUUUCAAGUUACCUUGUUUGGUUCAGUCUCUGCUCAGUAUUGUCCUCAAGUAUGCCGUCAAAAUUGACAGUACUGUACACAGUGUACAGUUGUUCUGUAUUUGUCCAACUCUUUUCAGUAGCGAUCUUAGUUUGAAAGUCCAGACCGGAAGUGUUCUGUCGCCACUCCCGCGAGCUUGACGGCGUGCAGUGUAGACGUCCCGGCAGCGAGCACAUGCAAAGAUCCGGGAGCGGUUCACACUGAUCCCCAUUUGGAGGUGGAGGACGACGCGGGACGGAGGGAGCAGACCCAGCAAAGAUGGCAUCAGCCAGAGAUUCAGGAGCAGGCCUGGAGGAGAGAGACGCUGCCGACCAGAAUUUUGACUACAUGUUCAAGGUGCUGAUUAUCGGCAACAGCAGUGUGGGCAAGACGUCCUUCUUGUUCCGCUACACGGACGACUCCUUCACGUCGGCGUUUGUCAGCACGGUGGGCAUCGACUUUAAAGUCAAGACAAUCUACAGGAACGACAAGCGCAUCAAGCUACAGAUCUGGGACACAGCGGGCCAGGAGCGUUACCGGACCAUCACCACAGCUUACUACAGAGGAGCCAUGGGCUUCCUCCUCAUAUAUGACAUCACAAGCCAGGAGUCCUUCGUUGCCGUGCAAGACUGGGGAACCCAGAUCAAGACAUACUCCUGGGACAACGCCCAGGUGGUGCUGGUGGGCAAUAAGUUGGACAUGGAGGAAGACAGACAGGUCCCCACUGAAGAUGCGCAGAGACUCGCCAAGGAGCUAGGCUUCCAAUUUUUCGAGGCCAGCGCUAAAGACAAUGUCAACGUGAAGCAGGUUUUCGACAAGUUGGUGGACGUCAUCUGCGAGAAUUUGAGCGAGAACGUCAACAGCGAUGCUUCUCCCUCGGCCAAUCACAAGGGAGCUGGUCUGAAGGACACGCCCCGCAGCAUCCCGGGAGGCUGUGCAUGCUGAUAAUUAACAGGGGCAGUUCAUACACUCUGGCAUGCAUACACACACACGCACACACAGAAUACUAACGCUUGUGUACCUAUGCUUCCUCCAAUUGAAAUGUGACUGUUACACUAGUUUGCCAAAGAGCUGCUUUGAGAACAUGUGCCUUUGACCUUUCCUCCUCUAGUUACCAUUUCCUGUCUAUGUGGUAGCAGGCCAACAAACGGACGGAACCUGAGCGUGUGUAUUUACCUGUGCAAUGCUGCCGCCUUGUGGCUGCUUUCAGAAAGUGCAUCACUGUGACCGUCGCCACUUGACGUCACUGGGAGGAAACAACUAACUCCUCAAACAAAAAUGCAAGGUAUCUGGGGGCUAUUACACGUUUCAGGAAGUUCUCAUUGUUUUUGGAAUGUUUUUUUUUGUAAAUCAGUAAAUAGUUAAUGGUGACUGCCACGUUAAUUAUUGCCUUUUGAAAAAAAACUUGUGAGCGCUUUGCAGCAUGUCCUUUUUGAAAUAAAUUACGUAAUAUAUGAUACAAA